AACACCUUAUCGGAAGAUCCACCCCGUAAUUUUCUCCCCCCUCUCCAUUAAAAGGGAAACAUUGCCCCGGAGUGAAUGCAAAAGCGACGAAGAAGCAGCUGGCGAAACCGGGAUGUGGCGAGUUGUACGUCGAAUGGGUGUGUUCCCUCCCUCCGCCCGCCCAGGGUUGGUCGAGGACGCUCACUUUGUUAAAUGAGUUAGAAGCCGCGCGGGAGUUCGCGUUGAACGUCGCAGCCCGAACCGUCGGUAGGGACAUAGCAUUACACGAGAACAGAUAUUGCUUUCUACGCAUUUUGUACCCAUGAGGAUAAUGCUCCUCUUCCCCGUUAAGAAGAUUCGGAAACACUUUAAGGUGCUGGUGUUUGUGGUGAUUCUCGGGCUGGGAGUUUGGGCUGCUUACCUGGAGUUCGUAGCUUCGAGCGAGUGGAGGAGGAGCGGCGCCUCCAGUCCUUAUCGCGAAUUCAGUAACUGGAGGGAGCAGUCUUAUAAACGAAGGAACAAAGUGCCUGGUGUUAAUCGGGACUUGGAGUACUAUAACCAAAGAAAGGACGAUGCAGUAAAUGAGUUAAUGGGUCAAGCGAAUUUGCACAUAUUUGAAGAUUGGUGUGGCAGCUCUGUUGAUCAGCUCAGGAAAAAUGUUCACUUUCCCCUCUUCCCACAUACCCGGACUGUGGUCAAGAGGUUGGCCGUGGCACCAAGAUGGAUCAACUAUGGGCUCAGGAUAUUUGGCUAUAUUCAUCCCUAUGCAGAAAGUGAAUUUCAGUUUGCUGUGGCUUCUGAUGAUAACUCUGAGUUUUGGCUAAGUACAGAUGACAGCCCAUCAAAUGUCACACUAAUGGCUGGAGUUGGAAAGACUGGUAAAGAGUGGACGGCCCCAGGAGAAUUUGGAAAAUUUCGAAGUCAAAUCUCCAAGCCUGUACUAUUGUCAUCCUCCAGGAAAUAUUACUUUGAGAUACUCCAUAAGCAAAACAGCCAGGGAACAGAUCAUGUAGAAGUUUCUUGGCGACUCCACAAUACUGGCCUUAAAUUCAACAUUAUUGAUUCUCAGUAUAUUUCACUUUAUAUCAAUGAGUCGUUAAUAAAACUAAACGAGGUACGGCACAUUCCACAGUCUGCGGCAAGUUCUAAAAGGAAUUACCGUUACUUACAUUCACAAAAUGAGCAUCCGGCAGAAAUGCUAAAGCACGACCCUCGUGACAGUUUUUUUCAUUUACCUCUAAUUGCUGAAUCCCACGUGCAACGAUUGCUGCCUGAUUGUGCCUACAAACCCAGCUAUGUAAUUAAAGGGUUCCCUCUGCACCGUUACCAAGGAUUACAGUUUGUUCAUCUGACUUAUGUCUACCCCAAUGAUUACACGAGGCUAACACACAUGGAAUCAGAAAACAAAUGCUUUUAUUUUGAAAAUAUCUAUUACUUGGAAAGAUUUGGAUUCUACAAAUACAUGAAAAUGGAUAUGCCACCACAAAAACCAAAUAUGGAAAAGUUCAGAAAUUCUCUUUGGAUGGGAGCCGGUGAUGGAAAUCCAAAAGAGCAGAAGAGGCAGGAAAAGGAAGUAUUGGAGCACAAUUUUGAAGAAGAGGAGGAAGAAUAUAUCUAUGAAGAUGAUGGUCAGUUCCCACAUCCAAUGAAUCCAAAAGCUGCACUACAGGAGAAAAAUCAGAAGAAUAUUGAAGAAGUUGGAAGUCAAAAAGAACAGGCAGACAAAGUCCAAGAGGCCAGACACAUCCCUAACAGAGUGAAUGCUGCUGAUGUAAAAGAUUAUGGAGAUGACUACGAUGAUUAUACAUUCAAGAGGAAAAGGAAGCUGUUCUUUGUUGUAGAACGUAAACCAACUAAUGAUACCUUUGAAGAUAAUCCAGGUGUUGACCGUAGAUCAGCUGAGGGUGUUCUGGCACUCAAAGGAAUGAAGCACAAGAGAAAUUAUAUUUCUUCAGUUAAAGAAAACAUAGAGAGCAUCCGCUCUCCAAAUCAAAAAGCAAACAGGACUUUCCAAAGUUUUUCAAAACAGAAAUAUGCAUCAUUGAAGGAUAGAUUAGUAGAACCUACUGUAAAAUCCUCUGAAAAACGGAAGCCUGAAGGCAACAGCCUUUCUGCCCAGCAGAUUUCUCAGGGAGAAAAGCUAGGUGUUAAUCAGAAUAUUGGUGAACUUGAGUUUCAGGAGAGACAAGCUCAUGGGUUAAUGGAGAAGCAAAAAAAACUAGUCAUUCAAAAAGCAAAGAAAACUAUUUAUGACCAACAGCCACCUACAUUGUCAGCACAAAAAGUGAACCAAAAUGUUGCUGCGUUUAUCAGUAAGAAGAAUAGUAAAGAGAGAAUUGAUCAUUUAAAGCAGAGAGAACUUCAGUUACCAUCCAAGCUGAAAGAGGAAACGUUUGAUGCUGGCAAGCAAAUCACUAUUAAAGAUAAAUCUGUCUUUGGUCAAAGUAGCAAACUGAAUUAUCAUGCUGAGAAUCCAGGACCAUCAAUCACUAUGGAUAUCCAAUCCAGAAAAGACAUACAGUCAAUCAAAAUUAAGCACCAGUAUGAAAAGGUUACAUCAUUUAACCUUAAUGCUGAUCAGAAAUGGAAAGAGAAAGAAUAUGAUUAUGUAGAAAAGGAAAAUGAUGCAGUAAUCCAAAAGUCACAAGCUAAAGUCAAAAAUAAAUUUCAAGAGAUUAUAAACAAAAAUGGAAAAUGGAGUCACCACGAUAUAUCAAUAAAAGGAGAGGAUGAUGAUGAAGAGGAAGGUGAAGAAGAUUUACCAGAUGAUGUGAGCUUUCAUAAGCAAGUGUAUGACACAGCUGUCAGCUGGGAUCAGACCUUCUCUGUCAACAAUAUAGACUUCCAUUCCUUAAGGUCUGACUGGAUUGAUCUCCGGUGUAAUGUGUCAGGAAAUUUGCUGAUGAAAGAUCAAGAGGCUGUAGAUGUUGUGAAAAUGUAUAUGAGGAAGCUAAAUGAAAAACAUAAAGGAAUAUACUUGCUUCAUAGAAUAGUCAACAUUGAAAAGCGCCUUGACCGCCUGCGUGGGAGUCGAUACCUCCUAGAGCUCGAGUUGUUACUGAAUCAAAAAACAGUUGUGCGACUAUCAGAGUAUGUUUAUAACCUCAAUGGAAAUGGCUACAGUGGUGAUGAACGCAGGCUGAAAAAUGUAUACCGGCAGGGAGGCCGAAAUUUUAGAGAAAAUCAAGAGAAGAUAUUGCUGUGUACCCCAGUUGGAUUCAGCUGGCGGCGCAAUGCAAUGAUACACUUCAUAGUUCCAGUCAAAAACCAAGCUCGAUGGGUACAGCAAUUUAUCUUUGAUAUGGAAGAGUUGUAUGCAGUCACUGGAGAUGAAUAUUUCAAUGUCAUCAUCGCUGAUUACAGCAGCUCAGACAUGGACGUUGAAAAAGCUUUGAAAAACAGCAUGUUGACCAGGUAUCAGUAUGUGAAACUUGAAGGAAACUUUGAGCGUUCAGCUGGCCUACAGUCGGGCAUAGAUUUAAUACAGGAUGACCACAGCAUUGUUUUCCUUUGUGAUCUGCAUAUAUACUUUCCCCCAAACAUAAUAGACAGCAUCAGAAAACAUUGUGUGGAGGGAAAGAUGGCCUUUGCCCCUAUGGUAAUAAGACUGAACUGUGGCUCCUCCCCGCAAGAACCUGAUGGAUACUGGGAAGUGAAUGGCUUUGGCUUGCUUGGAAUCUACAAAUCAGAUCUUAACAUGAUUGGAGGGAUGAAUACAAAGGAAUUCCGAGACCGCUGGGGAGGAGAAGACUGGGAACUACUGGACAGGAUUUUCCAAGCUGGGUUGGAAGUGGAAAGAUUGUAUAUGAGGAACUUCUUCCAUUAUUACCACUCCAAACGUGGCAUGUGGAAUAGGAAACAAAUGAAAGUGACAUAAAAUAGUGACUGUCAGAAGUCUGGCUCAUGUGCACUUUAUCCAAUCAGAGGAUUGAACUAUCCUAUCCAAAAACAAGUGAAGUAUAGCCUCUUGUGCUAUUCGAUGUAAAUUGUAUCUGAAAACGGUGCAAUUGCUGCUUUCAUCACUCAGGCUACUAAACAAUAGUCUUCUGAUUCUCGGCAUAGGAAAAUUUUGCAAAGGACCUCUCUCAAUACACUCGUUUGUAAGUGAUGAAAGAUUCCAAAAAUAUGAUUUCUAUUUUGUUUUAUUCAAAGCAAUGCAAUGUUGCUGUUAGGGUCUCAGAAUGGAGUUACACUAUGAUAAAAUAAAGCAAAUUGGUUGACUUUCCAUGAAGACGAUGCGUGAAGCCACGUUAGACUCAAAUAAAGGUAAUACGUGGGAACUUUCUGUGCUCAGAUAUUAGCCACUGUGUGGCAUCAUCACAUUCAUGGCUGCACAGUUUCCCUUUGGCCAAUGUGAAAUACUUGUGUGCUAAUGAGAGCCCAUAGAUUUAAUAAUUUGCUAAUAGUUCAGAUCUUUCACCUUCAGGUGGAAUUAUAAGGUAUCAAAGCUCAAGAGAAAGCUAAAUCUCUCCUAUGUGUAACCAUCAAAUUUUGGGAAUGAAUUAUUAUAUUUUCUGAAGUCUGUGGAUAUAGUUAUUUAAAUUAACCUUGGGAAGAUGUGUUCAUUUGAAAGAAUUUUUUUAGCAAUCCAGUUGAUUAAGAUUGAAUGUGUGCCUAGAAAUUGAAUUGCUUAACUUUCUCCUUUCAGCGCUAUGCAGUCCAAACUUGAUCAAACCUGGAAUAAGUCAUUGUGAGGUGAAACACAUCAGUUGUAAAAUUGUACUAGGCUGCUCUGGGCUGUAAUAUAAUUUGGUGCUCUUUGUAUUUACUAGGUGAAAGGUGUACAUGUAUGGACAUCAACAGUGCAUGCAACACAGUCAAAUGCUUUUUUUCUGAUACAAAACGAAGCUCCCGGAUCCAGAAAACAAUUGUUUAGCAUUUUUCUCAAAAACAAGGAGAACAACUAAUUGUGUUCUCCAUUUGGAUGUCAUUUAAAGAGCUACAGUGUUAACACCAGCAGACUCCACUCGGCAACUGCAAAUCUCACUGGAAACUGCACACCUCCCAAAGUACAGGCGUUGCUUGAGAGCUUAGAGACGGGUGUUGCUAGUGACCAAAGGAAGGUUAUGAGCCCUGUAAAGUGUAAGUUGCCAUCAACUGGACAUUCUUGGAACUGCUCCCCUCAAAACCCAGAACCCUUAAUGAAGAGAAAUGUCCUCUACUCCCUCAUCAUCAAGUAGUUGUUGUUGAUGACAAGAAUUUUCUCAUGGUCAGUGCCAUGCUUCCUUUGUCUUUAGAGUCCAUUUUUGCCAGUUAACUUUAAUUAAUAACACUGCCUUCAGAUCUAUCACUACUUUGGUGACGAUACUUGUACAUACUCUGACUGUCACAGCUGAGCAUUGCUGUGAUAAGACCAGAAGUACUACCAGCACAUCAGUGGGAAUACCACUGGCCUUCUCAAGAAGAGAUCCCACUGUCUAAGUCAGUCUGGUUACACACUCCCUUAUACACCUUGCAGAUACGCAGACUACUGCAUGCGACAUAACCUGGCUAGCUGAAGAUCACGUUUCAUGUGUGAGGAAGAUCUACUAGGAGACCAAGCAUCAGAAGCAUAAACCUGCGGGAUAAGGUUUUGUUAACAAGAGGAUGAAAAUGCUUGGAGUCAUUACUGUGGGAUGAGGUUCCUGAGCAAUUCUGAGGAGAAUCAUGUCACUCAGCAAAGGAAUGAAGCAAUUUCUGGCUACAGCUUUACCAGUAGCUCAUACAGAGAAGAUUCUUGUAAAGACUGGCCAGUUAGUUCAUUCUUCUGCCUUAAAUAUCUGCAUAUUCCAUGUUUGGAGGACAUAAAAUCCUGAGUGAUCUUGAUUGGUCUUCAUUUGUCUUCACAAGCAACUUUCCAGAUCGACAUACAAUGAGGAAUCCUGAUACUCAGAGGGCUUACAAGAAUUUUCUGAUGAAAGAUGUAAUCAUUUUGAAGCAUUGCUGAGUUCUGCAUACAGUGAAGCUUCCUUAGUGUUACCAUGGAUCAAAAGCAUUGGUGCUAUCGGGCUGUCAGUGGUCAAAGUUUUGUCAUUGUAUGUGAGAAUAAUACUCAUUACAGCAUGUUCUGUAGAAUGCAGAGGCACAUUGAAGAUUUAACUUAGCAUGUGAAGUCCAUUCUCAAUCAAUAGUGAAGGCUCCCUUGUUGAACUUGUCCUGAGUAACAAGAUUCAGUUGAAAUUGUUUAAUCAAUUCAAUGGAAUUGAUGAAAGCUCCUGAGAAACAUAAUCAUGUUUUACUCUACUCGCCAGUUAUGUGAUCACUUUCUCCUUGCUCGUCCCAGGCAAGGAAUUGAUUUUGACUUGUGACUUCUGGCCUGCACGUGGAGCAUUGAAGAAAAGCCUGGGCAUCACUUUCAUAUCUUUUAGUUUAUGAGUUAGGAAUUCUUCCUCCAGAGACUGACAUUUAAAAUCUUUACUGCCAGUGGGGAAGAGCUGAGAGGUAUAGAAACAGUUUUAGUUAUAUCACAUUUGUAUGCAACAGAGCAUUGGAGCUCUGGAAAAUUUUUGCAGCACUCUUCAGUAAGAUCUGAGCUUGCUUAAACAGUAUUUGACCUUUCGGGAGAUAGUGGUGUGUUGGCUGCACCAUCUUUUCAACUUGCAGCAGCUGAAAGUCUGACUCUCUACAAAAGCAUGGAGGUGAACUCCUGUAUACUCCUUGUCACCUCUGGCAUUUGUCCAGGUGACUAUAUUCAUGCCAAGCGCCUUGUGCAUCUGUCCCUGCCAUCUCACAUAAAACUCCCACAUCAUAAUCCUCAUCUGAAUCCUUUAAUGUGGUGCAGAUACAUUUCUGUUCUGUUAACCCUGCACACGGAUUCACUAGGACUCCUUCUGAGUUCUGGCCCAUUAGUGCUGCUCCUGAUGUAAGGAACUGGAUGUCGUCGAGGUGCUGGGGGAUGAGGUGCAGUCAUCCAUUAUGCAUCCUCCUCCUCCUCUUUCACGGCUUCCUCUGCUGCUGCUGCUUCUCUCAUUACUGGCUCACGCUGUGCGAAGCAAAGCCAGGGCACUCCUCAUUAUCAAUAAAAUCAGAGAGUCAGGCAGCAUCCGGGGAAAGAGAAGGGUCGGCCCCCUUUGAGAGCUCUCAUCACACCCUGCAGAUAAAACUGACGCACACGUGUCCGGAAACAAACUGCUGGAGGAACUCAGUGAGUUGAGCAAUAUAUUCCAGCACAGGCAGUCUCUUGAGUCUCCUGUUGGAUGUGCAAGCCGUGGCCAAGCCAGCUCUAUUGAAAUGGAGCAGUGCCCAUAAAGGAGCAUGCAUUUUACCAGCAGAAGAGGGGCGGAUGCAGAGAAUGAAACAGAGCUAAAGGGCAUACCCGACAGAUUUCUUGCACUUUUUUGCUCUGCGAUGUAUUUUUGGUUUCUGGGCCUCCUGCACACAAGGAAGGGCCCUGGCCCCCCUUCCCUUCUUCCUGGUUGGGCACUGUACUUGAGAGUGAGCCCGUUCCAUCCUAUCUUUAGCAGGCUUUGCCUAGGUAAAGCAGCUGGAGUGUAGAGCAGGGGUAGGCAACCUUAAGCGCAAAUAAUUUUCUAGCAUGUGUUAUUCAUUAAUUUGAGGCAAAACAUAACUAGAUGUAUUUAUUUUUCAAGUUUUUUUUAAUGGCAUUAUUCUGGCCCACUGUCCACUAUUCAUAUGCGAUCCGGCCCACAGGGGCAAAAAGGUUGCCGACCCCUGGUGUAGAGUGAAAAGCAAUUUUAUUCAUCUACAUUUAUAGCCGUGAUAUUUAUGCUGGGGUUAGUGGGGGGGUGCAUUUAGAAAGCAGGUGAGUGGCAUUGGUUUGGGUGGGUCUUGCAUGUUUCAGUAUGAGUAAUAUUUACAAUCCAAGGGCAUUCUCCUUGAUGUACAUUGUGAGCCCAUGAUUCUUGGUGCAACUCUGCCCCGUUGUGCUGGGAGGUGGGGGUGUUUUCACUCCUGGCAAGUGUGAUUUCCACUGCCUCCUGCCAGGCUCCUCUUCUCUUGACCAUGGUAGGUUUGCCAGCAUUUAGGUCUUGGUAAUGGUUUACAGGUUCACUCUGAAUCGGAGAGCUCUUCCCUGCAUCUUCCUCUUUCACAGAGCCUAUCGUGUGGGUGCAGUGGGGAGUCUGUCUUUUAGGGGCUGAUGCCCUUUGUUGAACGUUGAAAUUUUCAGUGCUGCUAGUGGAACCCGCACAGUGUUCCGAUCAAUGCAGUUUUAGUCCACCACCAAAAAGAUGUCAAAUGCAAUUUCUUGCCAGUUAUUUUUCCUAGCUUUCAUGCUUGGUCCCAACAGAAAUAUUAUUUACUACAGUUUCCACCUUUUAACAUUUUGAAGAGUUUAAACCUGCAUACAUGUUUAAUGAAGGCAGUAUAGUUUAUGAUUGCAUAGUGCUGACAGUAGGACUAAACUCAUGCCUUAGUUUCUUGGAAUUGUUGUGCUUUACAACCAAGUGGUAUGUUCAUAUUUAAGCCUCAUUUUAGAGGGUAAUUUUAAGUAAAUACAUAUAAUUGCAAUAAAGGGAUUUAACUCAAACAGUGGAAUCAUAUACUACAACUUUGGGAUUUUUUCUGAUUUCUUUGUGAAGGAUAAUGCAAAAUAUAUUUCUGACAGAAAAGCUUCUGGGUUGAUUCAGUGAUAUGGAGACAGAAGUGACUCCAUUUUGCAGGAAACAGUGGCAUAUAAAAACUGCGGAAAGAACUCAGCUGUUUAAGUGCAUCUGUGGAGAAAAUGAGAUGGUCAACGUUUUACACUGAGACCCUGCACCUGGUGCCUCUGUUGCCUCCACAGAUACUCCUACUUGACCCAUUGAGUUCUUCCAGCAGUUUAUUUUUGGUACAUUUACAAUUUGAGGCAGACUCUUUUACUGCACAAAAUAUCUCACGUCUUUUUUUCUUUAAAGAGGUGACUUAGAAGUUUUGAUACAAAUUACUUGCACGGCUAUAUUUAUACUUGAUUGAACCUGCAGGAUAUACAAGCAUUUUUUGCUGCACUGUGUUAGUAACCAAGUACCUCAAUUAUGAGUCUUGUAUAAAGCUCACAAAACUCAGCAGAAUUUAUUUUUCUAUGUAUAUAGGUUAUGAGGAAGUUAGGUACUUUUCAAAUGCAUUUUGGGUACUUAAAUUAUCUGGGAGCCUGGAAAAACUUUGUGUUAUUGGAAUACUUUUUUCAAAGCCCUUUCCAGGGGAAGCCCUUUUAACUGUAGAAUAUGUUUUUAAACUGUAUCUGUAAAAUGUAGAAUGAUCUUUAACAAUGCUGGAAUGAAGGGAUGAUUUCUAUGAAAUUUGUAGAAAUUGUAAUUAUGAAUUUUGAAA